AUUCAGAGCUACUGUAAGUUAAUGGUAGCGUCUACAUAAUGUUGAACGAUAGCGAGCUGGCAACGUUGCGGAACAGAUUCAAGAGAGAUGCCGAGUUUCUUAUGCAAUCAACAACAUCUGGUGACGAACAUGAAAAGAGUCAAGAGGAAAAAGAUGCCAAACCUCUCCCUCGAAUUAACAGACACUCCGUUUUCUGGAUCGUGGCAUCCAUAGGUGUGACCUACUAUGUGGAUUUCCUCAACAACAUCAUGGAGAACGAUAAUAUCAAAAGUUGGUGGUUCAAUGUGGGUCUGGUACUGCUUGGGAUCUGCCUGUCUCUGGCCAUGUUUUGUAUUGUGUACCUGGAAUGGUUCAAAGGCAUCCAACACUACGACCAUGAGUACCCCGCCAUUCCUCCCAUCACCACUGCAGCAUUUAUUGGUGCAUCUUGCAGUUUUAACAUAGCACUAUGGCCUGUGUGGUCCUUCUUCACUCCACUCAUCCUCUUCACACAGUUCAUGGGUGUAGUCAUGUUCAUCUCUAUGCUUGGAUGAAUGUGAAGGCUCCAGAAUUCCACCUCAUUAGCUACAAUGUUGAGUUUUAUAUGAACUGUUUUUCCAUUGCUUUCAAAUAUUUCUUACACAGCACUUAAAUUACCAACUGCAUUGACACAUUUCAUUAAACCUCAAGCACUGGUAUCAACACAGUAAACCCACUUGCAUAAGCCUUUGACCAUAACACCACCACAAUCUUAUCUUCUCACUUAUUAUUAUGGUAUAAUGCCAGCAAACCACACACACACAUACAAAUCCAGUUUCAAAUGUAGCUGAGAAAGCAUGCUCUCAACACAGCAGCUAACAUUUAAAACAACUGUCCAAAUGUCUCCAAAGGAAACACAGAGUAAAUAUUUAAGGUGCUAUUUUUCAUCCACUUCAGAUGUAGAUUUUCUCUGAAUAGAAAAAAGGUAAUUUAUUAUUACAGUAGUAAAAUGUAUAAUAUCAUUUAUGCAAUAAAGAAGAUAAUAACACAGGCUAACUACUGCUUUUCGGGACGUACUGCUCUCUUAGUUCUUAACCCUGAAAUCAAUUCUUAAGAAAGGGAUCUUUUUCAUAUUCAUUUGGGAUUUAAGAACCCCUCUCUGUGGUUGUUAAACUCUGCUUGUGUGUAAUUGAAAAUAUUGAUUUAUCUUGAAGAUAUUUGUUCCUUUGUUAUGACAUGACCUGCCUGUUUGUUCUGCAUUGCAUAUUUUCAUUUCAUGAUAUGAUUAAAAUGUUCUCCUUGUGUAUAUCUGCUGAGAUUUGUCUGGACACAAUGACCAGCCUUCCUUAAGCUUUAACCAUAAUUCACCACAUAGUCAACAAUAGUGUCUCAAAUUUCAUAUGAAACCAUCUGGCUUAUUGUUGUUCUCCUUUGUCAUGCUCUUUCUUCUCUGUCUGUCACACCCUUCCUUGUUAGUAGGCUUACAUCUGGAGCAUACUUUUUGUACAGUAGUUGUGAGAAUAUCUGAUCUUUGUGCUGAGAUAGCACGGCUGUUGCCAGUCGUUAGCAAUGAUUUUAGAUGGCAGACAACGGGGUAGCUUGCUGAGGUGGUAAUGUACUGAGAGUAUUGACAUCUGAUUUUAGGAUUUGUCAUUGCUGUUUUAUCCCAAAGAAGACAAACUAAUUAAACCUGUUCUAAGAAA